UAGUGGUUAUUUAUAGAUGCAUAGUAUAUUGAGCAUUAAUACAUUGAGAGGAGUACAGUGGAAGAACCUGAUGUGCAUGAAGCAUGAAGCAUGAAAAAUGAAACAUGACGCAAACAUAGUGCAGCAUGGUGAAAAAUAUCAAGUGCAAAUAUCGCAAAACAUCUAGUGCACAUAUAGAAAACACCUAGUGCUUCUAAAAACACCUAAUGCAAUAAAAACUUUGUAAAACUUAGUGCAUGAAACACAUUAGUGCAAAACAUUCUCAACCACAUUCGUGUACUUUUCACGCGUCGACUCGCAUCGCUACUGACAACCGUUGUCCCGGAUACUCAGAAAGCCACAAGUACCCCGACCCACCACCCUUUGCCCAAACCCACCGGUACCACAGCUCCGGUAUCUUAUCAGUUCCCACCACCAAACCCUGACUGCCUCCGUCCACGGGAAUUAACCACACGCCUCCUUCUUCCUGAAACACGAAAUCGCCAAGCGCGUCUGCCA